GACCCCGCGAUUCUCAUAGUCUGCCAUCUCCUCAUUCCCGAACGACUGCUCCAUGUCACGCUCGGACUCAUGUCCAAUUCAUCAUUUCCCAUUCCGGCUACCAUUCGAACAACAGCCUGGUGUGCAGUGUUCUUCUAUGUUCUCCUCAUUGGUGUGUGUGUCUUAUCUAAUCUCUAUUUUCUGCCACGUUUUUGCUGAGCAACAGGUUCUUUGUUGGGUUGUUUCCAUAGUUUUUAUUGUUAAUUCUUUCUGGCCAGCCAUGUUAUCUUCAUUAUGGGGAGACAGAGAAGGCAUCUGUUGAUACAAGUCUGCAGUGGUCUGUUGGAAAUGCUUUUCGUGUUGGGCAGUGCAAGUUUCUGAUGCAUAUUUAGCUAGUGACUGAUUUAGCAUUGGUGUGUACUUAAUGAAAAACAUUUUUGCGAUAGGUCAAUGUACAGACUUUUGUCAACAGCUGUCUUCACUGGCUCCAUAUUGAAGAACAAAUAGCCAGCUGGUCAGGAAGAAUUAACAACGAGAAACUCUAAGAGCAAACCAACCAAGAAACUGUUGCUCAA